UGAGCCAAGAGAAAGAGGAAAAGUUUUGUUGAUGUCUGCAAACCCAAAGCGUCAAAAUUGAAUUUUUUUUAUAAAAUUUUUAGUGAGAGAAGUUAUAAAGAUUCUCUUCUUCCAGACAGAGGGAGGGAGGGUGUGUACUACUUUGCUCGCUUUCUCCAUUCUCACUCCUAGUUUUUGUUUAGCUUUUCUCCACCCCCCACCCCACAUUGUCUCUCCCUGUCAAUGCCACCUUCCUAGUCCACAUUUGCUUUUCUUCAAUGAGGGUUUUAAGAAUUCUAUAACCUCCUGCGAUCUUCGUUUCCUGGCAUUUAGUGUAGCUUAAUGAGUGGGGUUUUUAUGAUUUGUUCUUUUAUUGCAUUUUUCUAGCUUCUUGGGGAUUGAGAUUUUUCCAGGCUUUGUAUUUGUGGAGAGGGUAUAGGGAUUUUUGGGUUUUAGAGAAGUUUGUGAAAGGGAGAAGCUAAGGACAAUGGCAGGGGGAGGAGGUGCGGCGGCGCCGCCUAAACAGGAUGAACAGCCACACCCUGUUAAAGAUCAGCUGCCCAAUGUUUCUUACUGCAUUACCAGCCCCCCUCCCUGGCCUGAGGCCAUAUUGCUUGGGUUUCAGCACUAUAUUGUUAUGCUUGGCACAACUGUACUCAUCCCCACCACUCUGGUUCCUCAAAUGGGAGGAGGAAAGGAAGAAAAAGCAAAGAUGAUUCAGACACUGCUUUUUGUUGCUGGUUUGAACACACUGACUCAGUCUCUGUUUGGCACUCGGUUGCCUGCUGUGAUUGGCGGCUCUUAUACUUUUGUGCCUACGACACUUUCGAUAGUCUUGGCUGGUCGAUAUAAUGGGAUCAUGGAUCCUCAAGAGAAGUUUGAGAGGACAAUGCGUGCGAUUCAGGGAGCACUAAUUGUGGCUUCAACUCUUCAAAUUAUUCUCGGUUUUAGUGGUCUUUGGCGAAAUGUGACUAGGUUCAUAAGUCCACUUUCUGCUGUUCCAUUGGUAGCUUUAUCAGGGUUUGGGCUGUACGAAUUUGGUUUUCCUCUGGUUGCAAAGUGUGUGGAAAUUGGACUGCCGCAACUCAUCUUUCUUGUAAUCUUUUCACAGUACAUACCCCACCUGAUGAAAGGAGACCGGCAUGUCUUUGACCGUUUUGCUGUCCUAUUCUCUGUUGCCAUUGUGUGGAUUUAUGCUCACCUUCUCACAGUGGGAGGAGCGUACAAGAAUGCACCAAUUAAGACCCAACUGAGCUGCAGAACAGAUCGUGCUGGAAUUAUCAGUGGUGCUCCCUGGAUACGGGUUCCAUAUCCAUUUCAAUGGGGAGCUCCCACAUUUGAUGCUGGAGAAGCAUUUGCAAUGAUGGCAGCCUCAUUUGUUGCUCUGGUUGAGUCCACUGGCGCUUUCAUUGCCGUCUCCAGAUAUGCUAGCGCAACCCCAAUACCGCCUUCUGUUCUUAGCCGUGGUGUUGGCUGGCAGGGUGUAGGCAUACUGUUUUCGGGAUUAUUUGGAACAGGGAACGGGUCAUCUGUCUCUGUGGAAAACGCUGGUCUGCUAGCAUUGACUCGUGUUGGAAGCCGGAGAGUUGUGCAAAUAUCGGCUGGUUUCAUGAUAUUCUUCUCGAUACUUGGAAAAUUCGGAGCUGUCUUUGCAUCGAUUCCAGCUCCCAUCAUUGCUGCAUUGUAUUGCCUGUUCUUUGCUUAUGUCGGUUCAGCAGGCCUCAGCUUCCUCCAAUUCUGCAAUUUGAACAGCUUUAGGACUAAAUUCAUCCUUGGAUUCUCGGUUUUCAUGGGCUUAUCCAUCCCGCAAUACUUCAACGAGUACACUGCAAUAAACGGGUUUGGUCCUGUACACACAAAAGCGAGAUGGUUCAAUGAUAUGAUCAAUGUGCCUCUCUCCUCGGAACCAUUCAUUGCGGGGCUGUUGGCGCUGUUCUUGGACGCCUCGCUGCACAAGAAAGACAGCGUGAGUAGGAAGGACCGAGGCAUGAACUGGUGGGAUAAGUUCAGGUCGUUCAAAACCGACACGAGGAGCGAAGAGUUCUACUCCUUGCCCUUCAAUCUCAACAAGUUUUUCCCAUCAGUGUAAGGAGGACUAGUAGUUUGGCAGAGUAACAGCGGUAUCUCUCAGUAUAUUUCCAGAGGCACAUUCGCACAUCUGUGCAACAAGCAUUGAUUUUUCUUGUUUCUUAUGAAUUAUUUCAUCACUUGCUAAUUGCAUAUAUAUUUUCCGCUAUGCUUUAAGUUCUCUUCUCUCUUCCUCCUGAUAUUGUUAUUAGAAAUGGAUGAUUUGCUAAUGUUGAUCCUUCUUUUAGGGUUAAUGUUUUCUAAA